AUGUUCAGGAAGAUCGGUUGGUCCAAUGGGAUUAAAAAGGCCAAGUACCGAUCGGUGGUGUUCAACCUCAACGACCCAGAAAACCCACAUUUGCUGCGGAAGGUGCUUCUUGGACAGAUCAAGCCGAAGGUGCUUGUGACCAUGUCUCCAGCGGAGAUGGCAAGCCAGAAAAGGCAGCGUCAGAAUAUCCAAAUUCAGUUGAAGUCUCUGAGCAGAUGCGUGCAUGAUGUUGACUUGAAAGAAAAGGCCUCCACCGACAUGUUUCCAUGUAGCCGGUGCCGGGAGCGCAAGUGCAGUUACUAUCAACUGCAGACCAGGAGCGCCAACGAGCCAAUGACAACCUAUGUCACGUGCGUAAAUUGCGACAACCAUUGGAAGUUCUCGUAA